AUGCUCUCCCGCCAAGCCUUCCGCGCCGUCCGCGCCGCCUCCCUGCGCCCCGCGGUGCGAUCCUUUGCCGCCGCGCCCACCGCCGACUCCCAGCCCCCCAUUGCGGUGUUUGGCCUCGACGGCACCUACGCCUCUGCCCUGUACACCGCCGCGGCCAAGUCGUCGACACUGGACCCCACGGCCACGGCCCUCGGCAGCCUCGGCGCCAUCAUCGAGCGCGACGCCAAGCUGUCCGAGAUUCUGGCCGCGCCCACCCUGUCCGCCAGGGACAAGUCGGACAUUGUCGCCGAGCUCGCCAAGCAGGCCGCCGGGGGGGAGACGGUCCGCAACUUCCUCGCCACGCUGGCCGAGAACAACCGCCUGGGCUUGCUCAAGGGCGUCUGCGACAAGUUUGGCGAGAUUAUGAGCGCGGCGCGCGGCGAGGUCGAGCUCAAGGUUACUUCUGCUCAGCCCCUGGACACCAAGACGCUGGCCCGUCUGGAGGCGGCCGUGGCCAAGUCCGAGUACGUUGGGCGAGGCAAGAAGCUCAAGGUCACGAAUCAGGUCAAUGCGGACAUUGUGGGCGGGCUGGUCGUCGAGGUUGGCGACCGCACUAUUGAUUUGAGCGUUUCCUCGCGCGUGGCCAAGAUGAAUAAGCUCCUGACGGAUAUGUUGUAA